UCACCGCUUCCUGCCUAUAUCUACAAGCUACGCUCGCAGUCUUCUCCUCACCACCAACCUUCGUCCAGAACUCCUCCCGGGCCAUUGCCCAGUAGCCACCGUGUUUUCCAAUCUCCUCAACUCCGUACACCACCCAUUCGCAGGCCGACGCACCUCUCCUUCCGGAGCAGCGUCGGAUUUAGACUACCGCAGAUAAAUUCGUGUAGUCUCAACCAAUCAGAACUCUGCGCCCGACAAGCAUGGCACCUCACGCCGAGGACAGUGUCGGCUUCGCGAAUGGGGGUGGUGUAGCCGCGGCUCCGGCCAAGGACGUCUUCGUCGUCGACUCUCCCAAUGUUGAGUACACGGACGACCUCAUCAAGACCAAGUACACGUACCGCACCACGGCUAUUUCCAAGAACGCCGACGGCAAGUAUGUGGCCUCUCCAAAGGAGACCUUGUACGACUUCAAGGUCGACCGCAAGGUUCCCAAGACCGGCGUCAUGCUCGUCGGCUGGGGCGGCAACAACGGAACCACCGUCACUGCCGGUAUCAUCGCUAACCGCCGUGGCCUCGUCUGGGAGACUAAGGAGGGCAAGCGCGGUGCCAACUACUAUGGCUCAGUCAUCAUGGGUUCUACGACCAAGCUUGGUGUCGAUAGCAAGACCGGCCAAGAGAUCAACAUCCCGUUCCACGACCUUCUUCCCAUGGUUCAUCCCAACGACCUCGUCGUCGGUGGUUGGGACAUCAGCGGCAUGAACCUUGCUGAGGCUAUGGACCGCGCCAAGGUCCUCGAACCGUCCCUGAAGUCUCUAGUCCGCAAGGAGAUGGCCUCCAUGAAGCCUCUCCCUUCGAUCUACUACCCAGACUUCAUUGCCGCCAACCAGGAGGACCGCGCUGACAACAUCCUUCCCGGAAGCAAGGCUUGCAUGGCCCAUGUCGAGCAGAUCCGCAAGGAUAUCCGCGAGUUCAAGGCUGCCAAUGGCCUGGACAAGGUCAUCGUGCAAUGGACUGCCAACACGGAGCGCUAUGCUGACGUUCUCGAAGGUGUCAACGACACAGCCGACAAUCUUCUCAAGGCUAUCGAGGCUGGUCAUGAGGAGGUCUCCCCUUCGACAGUCUUCGCUGUGGCCUGUAUCCAGGAGGGUGUUCCGUUCAUCAACGGUUCGCCUCAGAACACCUUCGUCCCAGGUGCCAUCCAGCUUGCCGAGAAGCAUGGAGCAUUCAUCGGCGGUGACGACUUCAAGUCUGGGCAGACUAAGAUGAAGUCUGCUCUCGUCGAUUUCCUGAUCAGCGCCGGUAUCAAGCUCACCUCCAUUGCCAGCUACAACCACCUUGGCAACAAUGACGGCAAGAACCUCAGCUCCCAGAAGCAGUUCCGCUCCAAGGAGAUCUCCAAGUCCAACGUUGUCGAUGACAUGGUCGCCGCCAACACCGUCUUGUACAAGGAGGGCGAACAUCCGGACCAUACCGUCGUCAUCAAGUACAUGCCCGCUGUCGGAGACGACAAGCGUGCUCUCGAUGAGUACUACGCUGAGAUCUUCCUUGGUGGUCACCAGACGAUCAGCAUCUUCAACGUCUGCGAGGACUCCCUUCUGGCUUCCCCGUUGAUCAUUGACCUGGUCCUUGUUGCUGAGAUGAUGACUCGCAUCCAGUGGAAGGCUCACAGCGCUGACGGUGUCGAUGCUAAGUAUGCUGGCUUCCACAGUGUCCUUAGCAUUCUCAGCUACAUGCUCAAGGCUCCCCUCACCCCUCCAGGUACCCCGGUCAUCAAUGCUCUCGCCAAGCAGCGCGCUGCUCUGACGAACAUCUUCCGUGCCUGUGUCGGUCUCGAGCCGGAGAGCGACAUGACUCUUGAACACAAGCUGUUCUAAGCACUUGGCUUCUAGCUACUCUUACGGCCGUCGCUCAGAACGAGCCAAAUUAACAGGAUUGGGGAUCGAAUGCGCAAGCCGACGGAUGGAAGGACAAUGGGCAUAUAAUACCCUUGGUUGGCCUCAUCUACUCUCUCAUUAAGGCAGCAUAUUCCAGAAUACAAACCCUCUGCUAUCAUUUUCCUCCGUGUCAUUCCUUGCGAUCUACCCUUAUUUGUCGUCCCGAGUUGUUCUCACGAUAUAUCAGUAGCUCUCGUAAAGUCGCCCGUCGUGUAGCAGCUCCGUUAUUGCAUUUUCCAUCGCAGGAGUCUGCAAGCUUUCAUCGCCCGACGGGUUCUCAGCAGCUCCCCGCAGUCGGAGUCUUAAGGGAGCAAUUGCGCGACAGCUUUCAUACGCAGCCAUGAUUAUGAUAACUUCAAACAGAUUGUAAAGCGGAGAUUAUUGAACUUAGAGACUUUGUCCCAGAGAAAAUUCAAGCAAGUA